UCUUAUCACUUUUAUUGAUACGUGAGAUCGCAUAAAGAGUACAUUGGUAUAUUAAACAAAUCCAAAAAUGUCUGAUUUAUUAAGAAUAAGCGACUUAAUUAGAAACAAACAUUCUUUUACAUUUUCUUUUGAAGUGACCCCAGAUGUCGGUGAGGCUGAACUUGAUAAGAUUACACUUCAACCAGAAUUCUAUUCAAUAACUUGGCACGCUCUAAGCCAUCAGUGUAAAGAUUUGAAUAUUGCUCCAUUAAAAUUAGCAAAUUUGUUGAGGCAAAAAAAUAAACAUGUUUUAUUAAAUUUAUCGUGUAAUCUUAUGACCAAAGCAUAUCUAAAUGACUUAUUACCAUGGCUUCAGGAAAAGGGAAUUUGCAAUUUGUUUAUAGUUUUAGGAGAUUCUUUCAAUCCCAAUCGAUCUGAUUUUAAGACGUCGUCUGAAAUGAUAUCCUAUAUAAAAGCGAAAACAUUGGACUAUUUUUGUAUUGGAGUUGCUGGCUUUCCAUAUGACGACUGCAAAAUUACAGCGUUGAAAGAAAAAAUAGAUCUAGGAGCUGAUUUUGUAAUAUCUCAAGCAUUUUUCGAAGCAAAUAUUUACAAAAAUUAUCUCGAAAAAUGCAAAGAUGCAAAAAUAGAUGUGCCCAUAAUACCUGGAAUAUUCCCUUUUCAGUCACAAAAAGAAUUGGAUAUGUUCUUAAAGUUAUGUAAGGUUGAGGUAACUGACGAAUUCAAAAUGAAAUUAGAAGGGGAAAAUGUGAUGGACAUUAUAGAAAAUCUAGUACUAGAUUUACAUAAUAAUUUGAAUGUGAAACAUUUUCAUUUUUUCACAAUAAAUAAACUUGGAAUAACUUGUGACUUGGUCAAGAAAAUUCAACUAUCGUUAUAAAAAAAC